AUGAGCGUCGACAAUGGCUGGCAUGAGCGCAGACGAAAAGAGCCGGCAUGGCUCUCGCCGCCGAGACAGUAUCAGCAGGAUCAGCCAAGACGGUCAUCUCGGACGUUUACUGCUCCCAUCGUGACGCGUCCGAGACUGGAGCGCAAUUCAACACAGGAACCGCCAACAGCCCAUAGGGCCAGCAGCAUACUACCGUAUUGUCCCAGGAGAUCCGAUUCUUACCCUACUGCAUCUCUUAAGGAGUUCCGGAGAACCAGAUCAUGGCCGCCGCGCGGAUAUACCGCAGACGAUACUCUCAAUCCGAGGCAGGCGGAAGACCUGAUAUGUGCAGGAGCUUCCACAUUCAAGGGCUACUCCGAUGAGGUUAAAAACGCGCGUCCGGGACAUUUCAGGUUCUACGCCGUCAUGGAGGCAGAGCACUGCGCGAGGACUGAUCGUGCACCCUUCCAAGAUCACGCGUUCGCGGACAUCUCAUUCAAUGCAACCGCAUCGGCUGAGAGUGCGUUUCCUUGGCUUUCACUGGAACAGCCUUGUAUGGCUUACUGCUUUGGGAAAAGAUCCGGGACGACAACACUCAGCUUCAAGACUAGCAAGUCAGGGAUAUUGGGACCGUUGUUGGAGUAUGAAUCCACAGCCAAGCCGAGGAGGAUCAAACUAUUCACAAUCUUGGAUCGCCUGCGUCACCUCGAGACAGGGAUUGAGGAAGAUGUUCGUCGAACCCCCCAUACAGAUAGUGUAAUCGAAACGGUUAACGGUAUACAGGAUCCUGCUGAACUCUAUCGAUACUUGUACACGAAGCUCAUUGAGGAUCCCGAUGCGGAUAUGGAGCCUCACUACGGGCUCGAACAGCAGAUGACCGAUCUCAUCAUCCUACUGACCAACUCAGACUGGAUCGACUUCAGCCAGCCGAGGAAUCAGAUUGUUGCCAAGUACUUCGACAGUCCCGAUGAGACGAAGAAACAGAAAUUUUUCCAUCAGCUGCUUUUGUCCGUUGAGUUGUACCUGAGAGUCCAUUCUCUCCACCACGAAGAUAAGCCAAAACGGCGUCUACUGUCCCAGCUCCCCCCAAUAGUGCAAUGGGAUCUCGCGCUAGCCCAACGCUGGCUCGAAAACAUGUCCAUCCAGAAAACCAGCAUCUCAUCAAAACAAACAUCCUUCAGCUUCGAGCUGCGCAGCAAGAACCGGCAGAAAGACGCCCUCCGCACCUUCGCCGUCACCCUCAAAUGGCCGAACCUAUCAGAAAUCGACGCCGUCCUACAAGAAGACGACCCAAGCGAAAAAGAGCUAGAAGAGCGCUCCGCCGACGCCCUAAGCUGGUUCAGCGCCGUCGUGCUUCCCGGCACGACAAUGCCGUGGCUGCUCAUGAACACGCUUAUUGACUGCGAUAGUGGCACCGGCGAUGCGCUGAGGUAUCUUACCCACAUGCAUCCAGCGGCGGGCUUCCAGUACAGAGCCAACACCUACUGGUCCUACAAGUGCAUCGUCGGGAAAGUCCUCGGUGCCGCCCGAGGCGUAAAAGCGAUUGCGGGCUGGAUCGGACCGUGCAACUACAGCCCUGACCUCAAGCGCACGGAAUGCGCCUUUAUACGGCAACGGGCGCCGCCGGAGCAGCAGCUUACCAUCGACGAUGUCAGCAGCAUGGGAAGUCGAACUGAUCCGCUGGGGCCGAGGGACGCGUCGUACCCCGUAGAUGACUACGAGCUUGUGGUGCCGGAUACAGACGACGUGACGGAUGCGAUCAGGGUCCAGAAACUGGAAUUCAAGCCCGCGAAGAAUCAGCCGAACAUGAGUCGGCUGGGCGAGGGCGCGCCGCUGACGUUUGAUGCCGCGAUCGUGUUUGCGUGGAGGGGGCAGAGCUGGCCGAUGCGGUUGAGGUUUGAUGUCGAUUUUGUGGCGGCUUAUCCGUGCCAUCAGGGGCCGCAUGUCCUCUUCUACGACUAUGCCUACCGCGCCGUCAAAGUCGACGAGGACCUUGUUGAUAUCCACGGCUGGCGCUCUCACUCUCCUACCAGCCGCUCCUCAUCGCGCCCAUCGUCGUCGCACCAGCCUUUGCCGUCACCUUCACCCUCGUUAUCUUCGGCACUCACGGCUACAUCAACCUCCGGCGAGCAAGACUUACCAGCCAACGUGGCGCUAGAAAAGGUCCUUGUGAUCGAAGCCCUUGGUGUCAGCGAUAACGAGGUUUUCGCCCGCGCAUGGUGUGCCCAUUGGGGCCAUAGCGCUGUUGUUGCGAAUGUCAAGGAGACGUGCAUGGCGUGUGCGAUUAGGGAGGCUUAUGCUGCGUGUAUCAGUGUGGUGAUUUUGACGGAGGGAGGAAGGGCUGGGGAGGAUGAUGGGGGGAUCGGUGGUUGA